CGAUUGUUGUUGAUUUCAUAAAGAUUGAUUGAUAUCUCUGUUGAUUUCGGCGUAUUUGGCGAAUCAAAGAAUAUGGAUGCAAAAUUCAAAAACCCUCUUUCUCACACACUUCAGGUUUUCUUUCUAGGGUUUAAGGUGCAGUUUGAAAUUCAAUUGGAGAUUCUUUUACGGCUGUCUGAUGAAUAAGAAGAAGAUACCUGAAUCAAAAUUCAAUAACCCUCUUUCUCACACUUCAGGCUGUUGGUGAUGCUUUCAAUGAAGGUGUAUGUGAAGAACAGGCUAGACUGACGUGUAUCGGCCCAAAAGCAAAAGAAGCUUGCGAGAAUCAAAAGGUUAGAAAGGUUGGUUUGUUUGUUGGUAGAUACACAUAUUUAUACGGAUGUAUAAUCUUUCAGAUCACCAACACCAGAUCUGAUUCAUGGAAAUGAUUCAUGGUUGAAAGCUCUAAAAAGUUGCAUCUCUGACUCAAACGUGAAACACAUGGACUCUAUAGACUUGACAGCUGCCGGAUAUGAUAAUUUGGAAUCAUCGAUGAAACUUAAGCUUUUAGUUUUCCUCUGUGAUGAAGGUCUUGGAACUGAAAAGAUAAGAAAUUGGAUUGAUGAUCAAAAUGUGAAGUUUGUUGAAAAGAGAAAGGAAGCAAAGGAGAAACUUUCGGUUGCAAAAGAUAAGGAGAAAACUAUAAAGCUGAAAAUGCAGGAUGAUAUUGCCAAAGCAAUCAUAGCGAAAGAAGGUGUUCCUCUUACUUUAGCUGAACAUGAUGCUAUUGUUUCUAAGAUCAAGAAUAAAGCAGCCGAAGCACAUGUUGAAAUGCUUGCAUGUAAAGAAAUGGUUCCAGUUGAUAAAUCGAGGCCCGAUGCUGUGAGAGUAGCACCGAUUUUCAGGGACAACAGUGGGCAUAUGUACUGGAGAUUAAAAGGGUGUUCCGAGAAUCCUGGUAUUCUUCUUUAAGGUGAGAUCCAGAUGCAG